UAAAAAAUGGCGGAUUAAUCGGAGGUUAUUCGCUUGAGAAUUUUUAAUAGACAAAUAAUCACGGUAUUAUAUUAAAAUUAGAAAUGGCACCGAAAAUAAAAGACCAGGACAUGCUAUUCUUGUUCGAUGAAUUAACUAAAUUAAUUCCAAAAUCUAGCGAAGAUGUAUUUCUGUUACUGAAGAGCUUUGAUCCAGGGGAAGUGAUAGGAGCGGCAAUAACAUAUCUUUUAAAGCGCAGCACAACUUUAUUCUUCUCAAAUGAACAUUCAGAUUCUCUGAUACUUAGCGACAUUCUCUUGGAUCAAAUCUGGGAGAAGUUGAACACAGGGUAUUGGAAAGAUGUAAAUAUUGCUUGGAGAUAUCUAUACACUCUCAUAUCUACGAUGAAAAUGUUCUCACAAGUAUUCCUGUUAAUACACGAAUCAGACGAUACUUUAACUACAGCAGACGUCAUGAGAACAUGUGACAUGGGGCUAUUAAUGGGUGCCCCAAUACUCGACAAUGUUUUGGCCAAAAUGUCAACCUGCGUUUUAAAGAAUGACAUUUUUAAAGGUACCAAUAAGAGACAGGCUGUGACCGAGACUGUCGACGCCUCCAAAAGACAUAAGUUAGACGAGGAACUUUCUUUGGCAGAGUCGCUUUGUAAUAUAGAUGAAGCUAAAGAAAUACAGAAAUCGUCCUGUCCAUCUUUAGAGUUUUUUAGAAAAACUUUUUUAGACAAAAAGGAGCCUGUUAUAAUCACGGCUGCUAUAGAUUAUUGGCCAGCUAUGUCAACAAAUAAAUGGUCAUUAGAUUAUAUUAAAAAGGUGGCAGGAACCAGGACGGUGCCGAUCGAACUUGGUUCCAAAUACACCGAGGAAUCCUGGUCUCAGACAUUGAUGACUGUCAAAGAAUUUAUUGAAAAUUAUAUCGAAAAUCCCAAAGAAACGAAAGGGUAUUUAGCUCAACAUCAACUCUUUGAUCAAAUCCCUGAAUUACAACAUGACAUCAGUGUACCGAGCUAUUGCUGUUUAGGGGAAAGAGACGACGUUGAUAUCAAUGCAUGGUUUGGACCAAAAGGAACUGUCUCGCCAUUACAUUACGACGCCAAGGAAAAUCUUUUGACACAGGUGUUCGGCAAGAAAUAUGUUCGUCUCUAUUCCGAUAAAUACACAGAGAAUGUUUAUCCUAAUCCCCACAGACUGUUACACAAUACAAGUUUAGUCGAUAUUGAACACAUAGACAAAGAUAAAUACCCUUUAUUCCCCGAAGCGCCAUAUUGGGAAUGUAUAUUAAAUCCCGGUGAAAUGUUGUAUAUACCGUCAAAAUAUUGGCAUUUUGUAAAAUCUCUCUCGGUCAGUUUCUCAGUAAGUUUUUGGUGGGAGUGAUGUUUAUAAAAGUAUUAAUAGGUUUCUGAUUAAAACUAUAAUGUCGCUCUAGAAUGAGUGUUUAUUCACUAAUUCGCUCAGUGGGUAACAAAUAUACCAUAAGCAUUUAGUACUGCUUAAGACGUUGGCUCAGCAACCAGGGGCUCACGGGUUCGACACCGAUGUUGGCCGAGAAAAUUCCUCGGGAUUCUCCAUUGGGGUUUCCCCCAUGUCAAGAAACGGCGUCUAGGGGGAUGAAAAUCAUAGGCUCCGUGUAUGGGGCGCCGUUUGUAAAUUAAUUUUUUAGCUUUUUAUAUAGCAAAAAACACUAGAUUUAAUUUAAAUUUAUAUAUAUAGUUAAAUCUCGACUUUUGUGCAAAUUUUUCACUUUUAAUAUUUAAACUAAAAAUACAACAAAAACUCAAUAUUUAACAUAAUAUAUAUAAAUAUUUCUUGA